UCGGAUCAGGCUUCGGAAGGCUGAACCUUCCCUUCCUCCCAGCCCUGCCUCCUUCUGCAGAGCGGAGCUCAACAGAACUUUGUUGUUUUGCCUUUUACUCUGCGGGGAGAGAAGCAGACGAUGAGGAGAAAAUAAUGAAUGUCAAAGGAAAAGUGAUUCUGUUAAUGCUGGUUGUCUCCACUGUGAUUGUUGUGUUUUGGGAAUAUAUCCACAGCCCAGAAGGCUCUUUCUUGUGGAUAUAUCAUUCAGAAGGAGAAAACCAAGAUUCAGAGAGGGAAAAGGUCCCAUCACGGUCGUACUACCAAAACCCAGAAGUUGGUAACAGCGUAAGUCAGAAGCACUGGUGGUUUCCGAGUUGGUUUAACAAAGGGACCCACAUUUACCAAGAAGUGGAGGACACAGAUGAAGAUGAACGAGAGGAAAACAACGGAGAGCUUCAGCUAUCAGACUGGUUUAACCCACAGAAACGUCCAGAGGUGGUGACGGUGACCAGAUGGAAGGCGCCGGUCGUGUGGGAAGGCACUUACAACAGCACCAUCCUAGAAAAUUAUUAUGCCAAACAGAAAAUUACCGUGGGUUUGACAGUUUUUGCUGUUGGAAGAUACAUUGAGCAUUACUUGGAGGAGUUCUUAGUAUCUGCCAAUAGGUACUUCAUGGUUGGCCACAAAGUCAUAGUUUACAUCAUGGUGGACGACGUCUCCAGGAUGCCCUUGAUAGAGCUGGGUCCUCUGCGUUUCUUCAAAGUGUUUGAGAUCAAGCCUGAGGAGAGGUGGCAGGACAUCAGCAUGAUGCGUAUGAAAACCAUUGGGGAGCACAUUGUGGCCCACAUCCAACAUGAAGUGGACUUCCUCUUCUGCAUGGACAUGGACCAGGUCUUCCAAGGUAGCUUUGGAGUGGAGACGCUGGGCCACUCAGUGGCUCAGCUGCAGGCCUGGUGGUACAAGGCAGACCCCAACAAGUUUACCUACGAGAGGCGGAAGGAGUCUGCAGCCUACAUUCCAUUCGGCCAAGGGGAUUUUUAUUACCACGCAGCCAUUUUGGGAGGCACACCCAUUCAGGUCCUAAACAUCACCCAGGAGUGCUUAAAGGGAAUCCUCCAGGACAAGAAAAAUGACAUAGAAGCCAAGUGGCAUGAUGAAAGCCACCUAAAUAAGUAUUUCUUUCUCAACAAACCCACUAAAAUCUUAUCCCCAGAAUACUGCUGGGAUUAUCACAUAGGCCUGCCUUCAGAUAUUAAGACUGUCAAGAUAUCUUGGCAGACAAAAAGAGUAUAA